AUGACUCCGAUCAUUCGCCACCGCAGUUCAGCAUCAAAAGAGUCUGGAGAAUGGGAUCUCUACGCAGCUUUGUGCUUACAACGGACACCUGUAAUUGGUCCUGAACUAAACUGGAUUGAGAGGCGGCUUAAGGAGUACUUAAACAAGGUGGAAAUUGCUGAUUCGCUGUACUCUGACCACGAAAUGAGACACUUUGAGGAUUUGCGUCGAGCAGAGCGCAUUGCAUCUGGAGUAAAUGUUGCAGAAAAAGAUUUAGAGGAAGCAGCUAAACAAACGGCUCAAGACUUUGAAGAAAGUUCACUUUCAGAGGCAAACAAGUUCGUCAAAGGUUCACGAGUUACAAAGGCUGAUCUUACAAAUAACACCCGUUCCAUUGAUCGCUCUCUCGACAAGCAUCUUUAUUUUGUCCAAAAACGCAACGUGGGCUCAUCUGAUGUUUGGAUGCUUCCACAAGAGCACUUCAACUCGUCUACAGAUCAUUCUCUCCGCCAAGCGGCGGAGCGUGCUUUUGAUGCUAUUUUCCCCAGCCACUCAAAAGAUCAAAUUAAGUUUCUGGGAAACGUUCCAUUUGGAUACUAUUGGUACCGCUAUCCAAAGCCAGUUGCGAAAGAUUUGGGAACUCUUGGCGCCCGCUUGUUCUUCUUCAAAGCAAAUCUGUACACCGACUCCUCAAUCAAGGGCCCAUUUGGCGAGCGAGUAUUGUCACCAGCCGAUGAAAAGGAAUUUACAUGGUCUACCAGAGCAGAACUUUCUAAGCAGCUACCACCGCGGUACUGGAGAACGUUGGAGCGUAUCAUCUACCCAGAUGAGCUAGUCGAUUUAGAAGCCCUAAUGCAACAGAAAAAGAGAAAAAUUUCUCGUUUAUCGAAUCGUUUGCAGAAGUUGGAAUCAAAAAUUGACGCGAAUGCCUCCAUUUAG